AUGUUUUCAAAAUAUUUCGUUUCGCUAUGCAUGUGCCUUCUUGCUUUUUCCUCGGUAGAUUCAAGAAAUGUUGGCCAAUCGACCAAUGAUAUGAAGUCUUCAGACUUCCAUCGCCGGGCCUCCAGGUUUUAUGCCAAAACUGGAGAGCUGCUUUCGACAUUUUCUUAUUCGAGCUAUAGUAUCCCUCAAAAAAGCUCGUCUGAACAGACGUACAUACGACACUCAAAAGGAGGCAAAACUUAUACAAAAGUGCCAUUCGGCUCGAAUUCGAGUUCAGAUAAUUCACCAACACCCGCUACUACCCCAAGCUCUGGUCAGUCAGGAAGUACGGGUUCUUCAAAUUCAUCUAGCUACGUCGCGGGUUCAGAUUCAGCCAAAUGGUUGGCCGCGCAUAACAAAGCCCGAGCUCAAUACGGAGCCCCCGCUCUCACAUGGAGUACUACCUUAGAAUCCUUUGCUCAGAAGUUCACUGAGGCUUGUGUUUUUGAACAUACAAAGAAUAAUCAAUACGGAGAGAAUCUGGCUUGCGGACAACAAGAUAUCGAGAGUGUAGUCAAUGAUUGGGUCAGUGGAACGGAUGAAAAGGAUGUUUACGACCCAGCUAGUCCAGUAUAUUCCCAUUUUACGCAGGUAGUAUGGUCAGGCAGUACCGAGCUAGGUUGCGCCGUCAAGAGUUGUCAGAACAUUGCAGGCCUUCCCCAAUCGCCCGCACCGUUGUACGUAUGCGAGUACAACCCGCCUGGAAAUGUAGAAGGACAGUACGCCCAAAACGUCAAGGCUAGUAAGGGUGGUAAACCUCUCGGCGCAUAUUAA